GGUUGGAAAUUCUUUUCUCUUCGUAUCAUUUUCUUUCUCUUCGUUCGGGUUUUCGUGAUUUUUUUUCUUGUUCUCUCCGAAGAGGCGAAACGGCGAAACGCCGAGAGAUUUCUUCGUCUCCGAUUCCGGUGUGUUCCGACCACUUCCGGUGAUCUCUUCUUCUCCUCGUCUCCUCGUCUCCUCGUGUCCACCGAUCUCGUCCUCUCCACUGUCUCCUCUGUCUCGCCAAGUCAACCGAUCUCUUCGUCUCCUCGUCUUCUCUGUCUCCUCUGUCUCAUCUGUGUCCUCUGGCUUUAUAGACAAGGUAAGCUCCGGCAAUAGGUUAUAGACAAGGUAUACCUAAUAGAUCGUGAAACUUCGCUACAUAAACCUCGGUCAAGUAGGGUUUUAACAAAAUCGAGAAAUCUCACAGAGGAAAGCGAAGUAUUGAGUAUUGAGUAUUGAGUUUGAUUAGGCAAAACGAAGAGUUCCGUAUUUAAAAAGCCUUUGAUUUAUUAUCUAAAAGAGAUGACUUUUUUGAGUAAAUUCGGGAACAUAUUGAAGCAGACAACGAGCAAGCAACUCAAUGGUCAGGUUUCUCUAUCAAGCCCUUCGCUUUUUCAGGCUAUAAGGUGUAUGUCAUCUUCUAAGCUCUUCAUUGGAGGUAUGGCUUAUAGCAUGGAUAAGGAUAGCUUAAGAGAAGCUUUCACUAAAUAUGGUGAAGUCGUUGAAAGCUAUGGCGGCAGUGGUGCUGGUGGCUAUGGAGGCGAUGCUACUGGUCACGGAGCUGCUGGUGGUUAUGGUGCAAGCAGUGGAUAUGGAUCUAGCGGCAACACUUACGGUGAGGUUCCAAGUGCAACUGCAGGGGCUGUUGGUGACUAUAAUGGAAGUAGUGGUUAUGGUAGUGCCAAUACUUACGGUAGCAACAAUGGUGGGUUCGCUGGAGAUAGCCAGUUUGGAGGAAACCCUGUUGCCAACAGCUCGCAGUUUGGUGGUGACAAUACUCAAUUUGCUGCCGGUAGCCAAUUUGGCGGUGAAGAUCAAUUUGGAAGCAUGGAGAAAAGUGAAAUUAAGAUGGAGAAUGGACCAGUGGAAGGAGAUUUCGAAGAUGACACUGAUGUUGCCAAAAGAGCUUGAAGCAAGUAGCAAAAGAUGUUUUCAAGACUUGGUGUUUUCAUAUUAAUUUUUAUGAUUAGUAAUAGUUAUCUGAAUUUUCCUGAGGAAAACACUUUAUCUAGUAACAAUCUGCUAUUUCAAUCUUGAAAAUAAGUUGUAGUUUGAGAUUGUUUCUGAAGGUAUCUAUUGAAUUUUAAACAAAAAUGUGAGCUUUGUUUCAUUAAUCUAUGUAUUAAUCUA